CUGUUUCUUCUGGGAAGCGAGACGAUUAGCAGCCCGGGGACUGUCGGGCGGCGAGAGCUGCUAGGUAUCGUAUGUGCACGGACAGGGCGAGUGGUUUUCCGCGUCGCCGGGAUGGCGGCCGCUUCGUGGGACGUACGCACCGUCCUUAUACUUUCGGACUUGGCUCUGAUGGAACAAAAUCUGAUUGCGCCGGCCACGACAGGACGAUUGCAUCGGGACAUGACUGCUGCUCGACUGCCCCAUAACUGGCGAGGAGCGACGUCGACGACGGUCUCACCCUCGUACGGGCGACGAACAGCCGACGGGGUUCAACCAAAAAGCAUGGUGGUCUCCAGAGGAGUGUUAACGCCAUCAAAAGAGACGGACGCCGGAUUUGAGGUGCUCUUGGCGACAGGCCAAGUGGCCGUCUGGAAGUUCACCGGCAUUCGAAAAGCACAGCAUUUUAGUGCAUAUAUCUUGCCAAGAACUCGAGCCAAGUUUGCGGGAUGCUGGCUCUUGGACAUCCUCCACUCGGACAUCAAUUGA